AUGCGGCAUCAGAAGAGCAUGGCCAGCAAGACCAACGCAGCUGUCAACAAACCUUCGGAACGGCGCCCGACGCGCGCCAUCGUCUGGACCAAGCAACCUGUACGAAGGAGAGUGGAACGCAACACACUCGAAUCUUCGGCAUAUCGCCUACCCUCUGAGAUCCUUAGCAUGAUCUUCAAGUACACCACGGAAGUGGCAGGCGGUCCAGUCAAUGAUGCACGCCAUUGGCAACUCAAUCCAGGCCGGCUACACGGUCCAGGCUGGUUCGUCUUGCUCUGGGUCUGUUCCAAAUGGCGCCGCGUUCUGAUUGCGGACGCAUCAUUGUGGGCUGCUUGCUAUUCUCAAUAUCCCAAACUACAAGAAACCUUCCUCGCCCGUGCUGGCCUAGUACCCUUGACCUAUAGGCAUACUGCCUAUGAACCCCGCCUAUCGCCGUACAGCGCAAUGUUCCGUGACGAUGACGAGCAACUCGCGAAGUUCUUCUUUGACACACCCUUCGAACGCUGUUCCGAGAUAUACGUCUCGGAUGGCCGUGGCAACGACGUCACUGACUAUAUUUUCCAACUAUCAGCAUUAUCCAUCGAGCACCCGUUAAGACAGCUGCGUAAGCUUCACCUCGAGACAUGGCCCUGGAAUUGGUCGGGAGGCAUUGCGAGUAUGCUUUGCCAAGGUCGAGACGCGUGCACGAUUAUUGGCGAGCAACUGGAAGACGUUUACUUCGAGAACUGCUGGACGAUUGUCAGUUCUCCCAUGCUCAAAAGACUAGCAUCCGUCUUCAAGACCAACCAGCUCACCCGUCCGACCAUACACGUAUUCUAUCGCGCUAUGAAGGUCAUGUGUGGCAAUACGCUCACGCAUCUAGAGCUCACCAACCCUAUAGGCGGUUCAUAUCGCGAUGACGUCCGUCAAUACACGGCUGAUCCCAUCGCAUUACCGUCUUUGACGCACAUGAGUCUCCUUGGCUACGCCCCUUACAUCGCCAACAUCCUUCGUAUCAUCACAUGGCCCACCGACAGCACGAAACUGAAAGUCAAGACCAUCGUCGGGGACGGACCCCAACAAAGUUUUCUCGACGAGGAAGAUAUCCUGUCGCUGUGCUGCUCCCGAUCCUGA